CGCGGGGCGGCCGGGGCGGGAGGAGGCGGGAGCGCGGCCCCGGACGGACCGGGUGGGAGCAGCGGGGCCGGGCCAGACCGGGCCGGAUCGAGCGGAGGCGACCGGGAAGGGCGAGGGGUGGCACCGCCACUGGGCUGUGAGCAGUGGACGGGGCGCGGCGGCCGCAGAGAUCUCUCGCGGCGGGCAGCGAGGAGGGAACAUGGCGAGCGUAGGAAACGGCACGGAGGAGAGCGGCGGCGGCGGCUGCGAGGAGGAAAACUUUGAAGAUGCCUAUGAAAACAUCCCCGUGGCGUCCAAGAUGGAUCUCAAGUGUGCUCUGGAAGAAUGUUCAAUGGCACUGAACUUAUUUCUAAAUAAUAAGUUCUCUGAAGCGCUGGAACUACUGCGUCCAUGGUCCAAAGAUAGUAUGUACCAUGCACUUGGAUACAGCACUAUUUUAGUUAUGCAAGCUGCAAUGACCUUUGAACAGCAGGAUAUACAAAUGGGAAUUUCUACAAUGAAGGAUGCUUUGCAAACCUGCCAAAGAUUCAGGAAAAGAAGCACAGUGGUGGAAUCCUUGUCCAAUCUAGUUUCUAAACAGACAGUGGAUCAGUUGAGUGAAGAGGAAAUGCAUGCUGAAAUCUGCUAUGCUGAAUGCUUAUUGCAGAAAGCAGCUCUCACCUUCGUACAGGAUGAAAAUAUGAUCAACUUUAUCAAAGGUGGCCUCAAAAUUAGGACAAGUUACCAAAUAUACAAGGAAUGUCAUCAGGUGCUGCAGAUGACUCAGGGGAACAAAAGCAAAAAUGAAACGUACUACCAGUUUGAAGGAGGAGUAAAACUUGGAAUUGGAGCAUUCAACUUGAUGCUGUCACUUUUACCAGGAAGGAUCCUCCGACUUUUAGAAUUUAUUGGAUUUUCUGGCAAUAGGGAGUUGGGCCUCUGCCAACUACGGGAAGGCGCAUCUGGCAGCAGUUUGAGGGCCAUUCUGUGUACUUUCACCCUGUUGGUUUAUCAUACUUACGUCUCCUUAAUCCUUGGUAUGGGGGAAGCCAACCUACAGGAAGCAGACAGUCUCCUCGAACCCUACCUCCAGAAAUUUCCAAAUGGUUCCAUCAUUCUAUUUUAUGCUGCCAGAAUAGACAUACUGAAAGGAAAUUUUGAAAAGGCACAAUUGAGGUUCCAAGACUGCAUAGCAGCCCAGCAAGAGUGGAAACAGAUUCAUCAUCUCUGUUACUGGGAACUGAUGUGGUGCUACACCUUCCAGCAGGACUGGCUUCAAGCAUAUCGGUAUGCAGACCUGCUCAGCAAAGAGAGCAGGUGGUCUAAGGCAAUAUAUGUAUUCCAGAAGGCAGCAAUUCUAUGUAUGCUUCCAGAGGAUGAUUUGAAGAGGACUGGUGAGGACAUAGUGUCUUUAUUCAGACAAGUGGAUGGUCUAAAACAGAGAAUUGCAGGAAAAUCUAUCCCAACUGAGAAGUUUGCAGUAAGGAAAGCUCGACGCUAUGCAUGUCCUCAACCAGUGAAGCUGAUAUUACCUGCCUUGGAAAUGAUGUAUGUCUGGAAUGGAUUUGCAAUUGUGGGGAAAAGAGCAGAUCUCACUGAAAACUUAUUGGUAACAAUUGAAAAAGAAGAAACUGCUUUACAAAAUGAAACUAAUCACAAUGAAUACUAUGUGGAUGAUGCAUGCAUGUUGCAGCUUCUGAAAGGCCUCUGCCUGAAACACUUGGGAAGACUCAUGCAAGCUGAAUUAUGUUUCAGUAAAGUAAUUCAAAGUGAGAAGCAAAUAAAAUAUGACAGUUACUUGGUGCCAUUCACGCUGUAUGAAUUGGGUCUUCUGUACAAACAACAGGAUGAGAGAGAAAAAGCAAUAAGAUACAUAGAAACUGCAAAAAACAAUUACAAGGAAUAUUCAAUGGAAUCCAGGUUGCACUUCAGAAUUCAUGCAGCACUUGACAGCUUGAAGGUGUCACCUGCUUCAACACCUUGAAUGAGGAGGGAUGCUUUUCAUGCAUACAAUAAAUAGCCUACACGAUCUCUUUGCAAUCUUUUUUUAAUCAUAGAGAAGAACAUAAUGAUUGUUUUCUGUCACUCCUGAUUUGAUGUAUGUCAUUCCUUUAAACAUUUUCUGUAUAGCGCCUAUAAUGUAUCUACAUGCUCUUUUAAAGAAGACCUUAUAUUUUGUUUGAUAAAAAUAAUUUAAUAUUUGACUUGAAUGGGGGAUAUUUUUAAAAAAAGGUGAUGGUGCAAUAAAGCUUAAUGAAAAUACUUUAUUUUUUUUAUCUAAGAACAGAUGCAGGUUAUGCAGUGGAACUGGUGAUAAUUUCUGCAUUUUUCGAAAGUUUGAUUUUCUGCAGCACACUUGAGACUUUUUUUCCCUCUGGAACAAAAAUGCAAUGUCUGCAGAUAACCUUACCCACAGAUUUUGGCAUACCAUACUCUGAAAUUUGUGUUCCAGAGGAAAGAAUUAGUCCUCUUUCACUUAAUUUCAUUUUGGGAACAAAAUGAACAUGUCUGAAGUGCAAUAUAUUUACUCUGCCACAUGAAGCUAAGCAGGGCUACACUUAAAAUGUCUUUGCAGCCCUGUUUCACUCAAAAGAAGUGCUUACAGGGGAUAUUUUUCACUUGUAGAAAAGCAGAGCUACAAAGGACAUUAUGUCCUUGUUCUAAAGUAGAACCAGCAGUCUUAAGUUGAUCCUGACAGAUUUAUUUCACCUGUUUAAUAACAACAACAAAAAGCACUGAGAACAGUAAUUUUGCAACUUACACAGGAUAUCUUUCCCAUUGAGAAAAGACUGCGAAAUUUUGCCUGGUGUCUACCCCAAACACAUCUUGACACAACUGAAACUGAUUGCUUCCCAUCUAUCCUGUCAUGGAUCUGGAGAAAGGAUUGUUCUUUUCCUUUUUGAAGCGAUCAUUUAAUAUUUAUAGACUAGCGCCCUAGUUGGUAUUCUCUGUUCUUGGAUCCCAGCCAAAGUAAAUUAAAAAAUUGGUGGAUUUAUGUAUUUUCCUAAUAAAGAGUUGUAAUUCAUAUUAACAGAAGUUUAUUGUGCAUCAGAGUGAAUCCACUUUUAAACUUGCAGUUAAAAAAUGUGCAUAUUCUAGUCUAACUUCUACCAAAAAUGUGCAGUAAAAUUGAGUUUCUGUAAGUGAAUGCAUUUUUUUUUUCAUGCUUAUAUGCAAACAGCAAUAUCAAAUUGAAUUUCCCAUUUAUUUAGAUACACAGAUUCUUUAGCUGUCUGUUCUUAAAAAUAAAAAUACAUUUGAUUUUUAUUUAAGUAUACACCAAAUAACUUCUUUCACUAGCUAUUGCAAAACUUGCCAUUUUCAUAUUUUAUCCAUGCCCAAUAUGUUUACUUCUGCACAGUAAAUUCAUAGCUCCUGUGCUCAUGUAUGUGAUUUUCUGCCCUUAACUACCACCCAAGCAAAUUCAGGAUAAAAGAAAUGGAUGAAAAAUGUGUCCCCAGUAAAUGAGAAACUGAAGUUUCUAAUCAGUCAGUAUAAUCUAAAUGCUAUAGCAAUUCUUCUCAGGUUACUGAGAGCACAGUUUUCUUCUAUGACUUAUAAAUAAUGGGGUCAUUUAAUUGCUUAUAAUUCUGUAAUACAGUGGUAUAUUUACACGAUAAGUAAGAGUUUAAAAAUAUUAGCUAAAUAAAUAUAAUGGGUCUUUCAAAAUGGAAAACUGAUCCAAGGUCUUUCUUUGUUGGUUUGGAUUUGUGCCUAUUGUAACUAAUGUUACAUGUGUAACUAAGUUGUUGUGUAAAAUUAUACACAUGUAGGUUUGAAGCUUAGAUACCCAAGACACUGAAUUACUGAUAAAAUAAACAUGCUUGUUUUCAAAUAUAUUCAGUUGAAUGCAGCUAAACUUCAAAACAGAGAUUAGCAUAUGCUGUCAAUUGACUUCUCUAAAAAUUUCCCCAUUUAUAUAUAUCUGAUUUUAAGCUGUAGAGCAUAGAUUCAUAUAUUUUCAGAAAAUACUUUCAGUGCAUAUGUGGGCAUUAUAUGUUCAGUUCAGGUUAUUUUGGUUUAAUCUGAUUAUUGGAUUGGGGUCUGCUUCUUUUUUUCUGUGGAAGGUGCUGGGAACAAUUGCCAGUAAAACUUCAUUGAUUGGUGUUCCAAGUAGUACUUCACUCUAGAGGAUUUAUAACUGGGACUACAGACUCUCAGAGAGGAGCAUGAUGUAGUCUCCGAUCUCUUGUUUUUGUGGGAAAUGUCUACAGCUAAUGUUUUAUGGGUGAUUUGAUGUAGAAAUCAAAAUUAACAAAAAGUCAACAAGGAUCUUCCUUAGAAACUGAUUUUUUUCGAAGUUUAGUACAAAGCUUCAAGAAGCAGUGUACUUUUUUCCAUGGGUGAUGUUACUGACAAGAGAGAGUAAAAAGAACUAUUUUCUUCAGUUCAGCCUUCCGAAGGUGGUAUUAGUUCUCUGUGUAUGUUAUACUGUGUUUCUUUUGGGAUUAGCCUUUCUGCACUCCUGCGGAGACCACACUCAUUGACACAAAUUUCCAGCACUCUCUGUAGUGUUUUGAGGACCUAAUCUUUAGUGCUGUGUAGAGCUUGUCUCCUUUCUCUGCUGCUGUUCCAAACUUUGCUAGAAAGAUUGAUGGAUCAGGAUUCUUAGCUUUAAGCUUUUUUCUGGACAUUUUUUUUUCCAAGUUGUUAACAAUGGAAAUAUAAAUGUGUGAAAGUGAUUUGUAAGCCUUCAGUUAAGGCAGGUCUCCACAGAGCUGCAAGAGAUGCUUAGUUUUCCAAAUGCUGCUGAAAAGUGCAUGUGUCCUAGCCACAAUGCAUCAGUGAUGCAGUACUGUUUAGGACUUAUAUCUGACUUAAGUGAUUUCAGACUCAGAGUUCAGACAAAAGAUAUGUGGCUUCUGUUUUCUUUUCUCUCUUUCUUUUUUUUUUUUUUUUUUUUUAAUUGGUGUAUUCUGUACUGGGCCUUAAAUACAGCUCUGAUUUAGUCUUAACUGCUGUUUAUAAUAUUCACUGCACAUGCUCAUCCUCCAUGGGAAUUUUGAAUAUUGUGCUGAGACUUAACUGAGCAAAGCUGAUCAUUUACUUAUGAUGCUAUAGCCUCUCCUGAUAAUAGUAGGAAUUAUAUAGAAGAGCAAAUUUAAUUUGUUAGUUUAAACAAGCAAGGCUAAGAUUACAGUUACAUUAUGACAGAAGAUAAUUUAGUUAUUUCUGAUAAUAAAUGUACCUUUUUUUUAAAGUAAGCAAUAAUAAAUUAGCCUGAUUAUAGGACAAAGCUUCUCUUUGAUUAAGAAUUGCCUAGUUAGAAACUAUUAUAAAAAACUUAUUGUCUGUGCAUAUCAAUCAAAUGUUUAAGCUGUUGAAAGAUCAUUGUGCUAUGGUUUGUAAGUCUUUAUUCAUCAGUUUUUAACAGAAAUUGAAAGCAAGUGUAUGUUAAAGCUGAUGCAAGAUUGUUACAUACAUGUUCUAAUACAUAUGGGGUAGCAGGUGUAUGUAGCACUUUAUGGCCAGAGAAAUGUACAAUAAUCAGAUCUUGUUGCAUUUCUAAAACACCUUGCAAAGUAACGUGUACAACAAGUAAUUUCUUGUAACAAAUUCAACUUAGACUUUGCAGUUAUUUUGCUACUAAUCUUAAUGUUUCGUGUAUUUUGUUUCUGUAUAUUCUUACACUGCUUAGUUCAACAAAGAAUGUUUAUAUUUGCCCUGG